CCGGCAGGUCGCUUUGGCUGGAAACUCUGGAAGUAAGCCAAAGGAAAGUGAAGUUCCUGGCGCUAGCGCGUGUCCUGCUCCGAGAGCCCGGCGCUAGCGCAUUCUUCGUGCAGUUAUUGGCUGGGACUCUGUGUGCCGCUGUCGGCCAAUGAAGACGCUGGAGAUCUGGCCCCGGCCCGUCCCCUUUCGGCGCCCCGGGAUGAGGCAGAGACUGAACAGUCGGCGAGCAAAUCAGCGGCAUCCAGAAAGCCAUGUCGGACUCGGCGCCCAGCGCCGGAGCGCUAACCCGCUGAAAGUUUCUCAGAAAAUCGCCAGGACAAUCUGGACCCCGCGGAGAGGAACUGCUUUUGAGUGAGAUGGUCCCAGAGGCCUGGAGGAGCGGACUGGUAAGCACCGGGAGAGUGGUGGGAGUUUUGCUUCUGCUUGGUGCCUUGAACAAGGCUUCCACUGUCAUUCACUAUGAGAUCCUGGAGGAAAGAGAGAAGGGUUUCUCUGUGGGCAACGUGGUUGCGAACCUCGGUUUGGAUCUCGGCAGCCUGUCAGCCCGCAGGCUCCGGGUGGUGUCUGGAGCUAGCCGAAGAUUCUUUGAGGUGAACAGGGAGACCGGAGAGAUGUUCGUGAACGACCGUCUGGAUCGAGAGGAGCUGUGUGGGACCCUGCCCUCCUGCACUGUAACUCUGGAGUUGGUAGUAGAGAACCCGCUGGAGCUCUUCAGUGUGGAAGUGGUGAUCCAGGACAUCAACGACAACAACCCCGCUUUCCCUACCCGGGAAAUGAAAUUGGAGAUUAGCGAGGCUGUGGCGCCAGGGACGCGCUUUCCGCUCGAGAGCGCGCACGAUCCCGAUGUGGGAAGCAACUCUUUACAAACCUAUGAGCUGAGCCGAAACGAAUACUUUGCGCUUCGGGUGCAGACGCGGGAGGACAGCACCAAGUACGCGGAGCUGGUGUUGGAGCGCUCCCUGGACCGAGAACGAGAGCCCAGUCUCCAGUUAGUGCUGACAGCGCUGGACGGAGGAACCCCGGCUCUCUCCGCCAGCCUUCCUAUUCGCAUCACGGUGUUGGAUGCUAAUGACAAUGCGCCUGCUUUCAACCAGUCCUUGUACCGGGCGCGCGUGCUGGAGGAUGCACCCCCCGGCACUCGCGUGGUGCAAGUCCGUGCCACGGAUCUGGAUGAAGGCCCCAACGGUGAAAUCAUUUACUCCUUCGGCAGCCACAACCGCGCCAGCGUGCGGGAACUAUUCGCCUUAGAUCUUGUAACUGGGGUGCUGACAAUCAAGGGUCGACUGGACUUCGAAGACACGAAACUCCAUGAGAUUUACAUCCAGGCCAAAGAUAAGGGCGCCAAUCCCGAAGGAGCACAUUGUAAAGUGUUAGUAGAGGUUGUGGACGUAAAUGACAAUACUCCGGAGAUCACAGUCACCUCUGUGUACAGCCCAGUCCCCGAGGAUGCCCCUUUGGGGACUGUCAUUGCUUUGCUCAGUGUGACCGACCUGGAUGCUGGCGAAAAUGGGCUGGUGACUUGCGAGAUUCUACCAGGUCUCCCCUUCAGCCUUACUUCUUCCUUGAAGAAUUACUUCACUUUGAAAACCAGUGGAGUCCUGGAUCGGGAGACCGUGCCAGAAUACAACCUCAGCAUUACAGCCCGAGACGCGGGACUCCCUUCCCUCUCAGCUCUUACAACAGUGCGGGUCCAAGUGUCUGACAUCAAUGACAAUCCUCCACAAUCUUCACAAUCUUCCUACAACAUUUAUGUUGAAGAAAAUAAUCUCCCUGGGGUUCCAAUACUAAACCUAAGUGUCUGGGACCCUGAUGCCCCACAGAAUGCUCGCCUUUCUUUCUUUCUCUUGGAGCAAGGGGCUGAAACGGGUCUAGUGGGUCGCUAUUUCACAAUAAAUCGUGACAGUGGUAUUGUGUCAUCCUUAGUGCCCCUGGACUACGAGGAUCGGCGGGAGUUCGAAUUAACAGCUCAUAUCAGCGAUGGGGGCACACCAGUCCUGUCCACCAACAUCAGCGUGAACAUAUUUGUCACUGACCGUAAUGACAAUGCCCCUCAGAUCCUAUACCCCCGGCCUGGUGGAAGCUCGGUGGAGAUGCUGCCUCGAGGUACAGCUGCGGGCCACGUGGUCUCCAGGGUAGUAGGCUGGGACGCAGACGCAGGGCACAAUGCCUGGCUCUCCUACAGCCUCUUGGGAGCCCCCAACCAGAGCCUUUUUGCCGUGGGACUUCACACGGGUCAAGUCAGCACUGCCCGCCCAGUCCAGGACACAGAUUCUCCCAGGCAGACUCUCACAAUCUUGAUCAAAGACAAUGGGGAGCCAUCCCUGUCAACCACUGCCACCUUAACAGUGUCAGUAACCGAGGACUCUCCUGAAGCCAGGGCCGAGUUUCCCUCUGGCUCUGCCCCCCGGGAGCAGAAUAAAAAUCUCACCUUUUAUCUACUUCUUUCUCUAAUUCUGGUCUCUGUGGGAUUCGCAGUCACAGUAUUAGGAGUGAUCAUCUUCAAAGUUUACAAGUGGAAGCAGGCUAGGGACCUAUACCGAGCUCCGGUAAGCUCCUUGUACAGAACACCAGGGCCCUCUUUGCACGCGGACGCCGUGCGGGGAGGCCUGCUACCGCCUCACCUUUACCACCAAGUGUAUCUCACCACUGACUCGCGCCGCAGCGACCCGCUGCUGAAGAAACCUGGUGCCGCCAGCCCGCUGGCCAGCUGCCAGAAUACGCUGCGGAGCUGCGACCCGGUCUUCUAUAGGCAGGUGUUGGGUGCGGAAAGCGCCCCUCCCGGACAGCAAGCCCCGCCCAACACGGAUUGGCGUUUCUCUCAGGCCCAGAGACCUGGCACCAGCGGCUCCCAAAAUGGCGAUGACACCGGCACCUGGCCCAACAACCAGUUUGACACAGAGAUGCUGCAAGCCAUGAUUUUGGCCUCUGCCAGUGAAGCUGCUGAUGGAAGCUCCACCCUGGGAGGGGGUGCUGGCACCAUGGGCUUGAGUGCUCGCUAUGGACCCCAGUUCACCCUGCAGCAUGUGCCAGACUACCGCCAGAAUGUCUACAUCCCUGGCAGCAAUGCCACACUGACCAAUGCCGCUGGCAAGAGGGAUGGCAAGGCCCCAGCAGGUGGCAAUGGCAACAAGAAGAAGUCAGGCAAGAAGGAGAAGAAGUAAUGUGGAGGCCAGGCCUAGAGCCACAGGGCAGCCUCCCUCCCCAAGCAGCCCAGCUUAUCCUUAAGUGUACCCAGGCCUCAGAAUUCAGGGCUCACCCCCAGGAUGCUGGUAGGGGCCAAGGCCAUGCUCCCCUUGGGAAACAGAAACAAGUGCCCAGUCAACACCUCCCCUCUCUGCCCCCAGGGGGUUGAAUAUGCAAAGGGAGUUCUGCUGGGAACCCCCAUCCAAUCAAUUGCUGUACCCAUGGGGGUUAUGGGGUUAGUGUAGACACCAAGAACCAUUUGUCACACCCCCUUUAGUUACAGCUGAACUCCUCCAUCUUCCAAAUCAAUCAGGCCCAUCCAUCCCUGCCCUGCCCCACUUCUUCAAUAGUUCUCUCUUGAGUAAGAUGGUUGGGUCGUAGAGGUACCAGGUGACCUAAAAAGGCUCAUAAUUCUGAGUUGGAAGGGCAUCAUGACCUCUUGGCCUCUCCUUUGAUUCUCAGUCUUCCCCCAAAGCAUGGUUUGGUCUAGUUCCUUCAUCUCCUUCCAGACCUGAGACCAAUGCUCAAGUUUUGGAGGACAUGGUCACCAUCCCCAUGGUACUGAUGCUUGCUGAAUUUAGGGAAAGCAUUUUACUACCAAGCCUCUUCCCAAUGCCCUGGGGACUAGUCUUUUGUUUUGUUUUGUUUUGUUUUUCAUAGUUUGAUGUUCCCACUGCAUGCUGUGACUACCUUAUCCCUCCUCAAAUAAGAGACUCCACUGCAUGUUCCAAGACAGUAUGGGGUAGUAAGAUAAGGAAGGGAAGUGUGUGUGUAUGUAGAUUGUGGGGGAGAGAAUGGUUUGACCCAUUGGUUAUUAGGGUCUUGCAGGAGGCUUGUAUGUCCCCAGGGUACUGACCAGAUCCCCAAAUUCCAGCCAUAAACCAACCACUAGGCUGGACCCUCACCCCCUACAAACAGAGCUUAGCCCAGGCAGCCAGUUUUGGGCUGAGCUACCAGGACCAAUGGAUUUAAACUGGCAUUUCAGACCAAGGAAGCUCUGAGAAGGUUUAGAAUCAGGUCCACUGGAGAGGUCAGAAGGGCUCCUGGAAAUGCGGGGUACUUCAGAGGUGCUUCUGGUAGAAGGGUCAUUGGAGCCCCAGCAGGAAGGGAUAGCUAGCUGGGACCUUCUUAGUCCCCAGGAGGCAAGGGACCAAGCGGACAGAAAGUCUCAGCCCAGGAUGGGGCGUCUCCAAGGGGUCCCUGCACUUCUCAAGCCUCAGUCCUUCACUUUGCCAGGUGCCAUUUCUUCUCUGUGAAGGCCACUGCCCAGGCCCCCAGUCCGCACCCCCGUGGCCAGAGCCUGGUUAAAGUUCCCCAGUGCCUCCUUGUGCAUAGAACUUCCGCUCCCCACCCUCUUUUACCCCCUGGGUCCGCUUCAUCCAGCGGGGCUGCCAGAGAUCCCCAUCCCAGCCCUGACAGUAGAGUACAGUCCUCUCCCCCUUUCGGCUGGUGUAGAAUAGCCAGUAGUGUAGUGCGGUGUGCUUUUUACGUGAUGGCGAGUGGGCAGCGGGCGGCGGGCUCCACGCAGCCGUCUGUCCUUGAAUCUGCCUGCGACGGCCCGUGCUGUGUUUCGUGCUGUGUCCACGCGCUGCGGCGACCCCCUCCCCCUUACUGACUCCUCUAAGCGCUUCUCUUCGCAUAGUCACGUAGCUCCCACCCCACCCUCUUCCUGAGUCUCACGCAAGUUUUAUACUCUAAUAUUUAUAUGGCUUUUUUUCUUCGACAAAUAAUAAAAAGGUUUCUUCUGAAA